GUAUUAAUCUCCAGAACUCAUCUUCUUAUUGAUCAUUUUUUCUUUUAGUAUUUUGUUUACGUAGGUAGAAGUGACCACCUCCAUACACCAUCCUAUGUAUUUAAGAUUUCAGCUUCCCUAUUUCAAGACCUUAUUCCCUUUUUCUUAAACAUACUUCCAAGGGAAAACAGAACAAUACUGACAGGAAAGCUAGCAUGGCUGCUACUGGCAAGAAAGCUCUUCAUCAUUUUGUAGUGAUUAAAGGAUCAUCACAUGCUCUCACAACACUUCAAGGACAAAAACCAUUGAUUUCUGAUGCACAGUCAGAAGCUGUUGUUGGUCAUAACAAAACCUCAAGCUUAGCCAGACUAAAAGCAAAGGGAAAAGCUCAUUCUAACUAUCAUGAUGAACCCUUGCUAGUAUCUUCUUCCUUUGGAUACUCAAAUAACACAAAUCUUAAAAGGAAACAUGAUGAGGCUACAUGUUUAAGUGAUAAUGAUGAGGAACCUGAAUAUGCAGUGAAGGAGAAGCUUGCUGGGAAGGGCACCAAAGUCAAGAGAAGUAGGAAUGCAGACACUCAUAGUUUAUAUGAAAGGAAGCGAAGAGAUAAGAUCAACAAGAAGAUGCGUAUAUUGAAAGGGCUCAUACCUAAUUGCAAUAAGAAGGAUAAAGUUUCAAUGCUUGAUCAUGCCAUCGAAUAUCUUAAGACCCUCAAACUUCAAUUACAGAUUAUGUCAAUGGGUGGUGGGCUUUGUAUGCCUCUUAUGAUGUUAUCUGCUGCAACUAAUCAAAUGAUCAACACAACCCAUUUACCUCAGUUUAUGGGAGCUGGAAUGGGCUUCAGGCCUCAGUUCCCUAUUGCACCUUUGCCUGGUGUCACUGAUAAUAAUGGAGUUGGGAUGUUUGGUUUCCCUAACCAAGUUCCACCCAUGCCAAAUUGUCAUGCACCUUUCAUUCCUAUGGCUGGAAAUACUCAUACACAACCACUUGUGGCAACUAGCACAGCUACCAAAUCGGCUGAAAACUGCUGCUCAGUCUCCAAGAACUCAUAUCUUCAUGGACAGGCUGAACAUGCAAUAAAGCAAUCAUUGAAUCAGGAACAGAUUGAAAAAAUUUCAGACAAGUGUUGAACUUGCCAAAGUACAGCAGUACUCAUCCUUACUCAAGGAGUUUCAUCUUCCACAAUGCAGAUCUUAUAUUGACUACCCUUCCGUAAACAAAGAUUUGUAUGAAAAAAGUUUAGGAUGCGAUUUUCUAAAAUUUAGUAGAAUUAAUUUCAGUAAAUGUAAAUUUAUUUGAUUAAAUUUGGUAGAAUUAAGUUUGAGAUAAUAAAUGUGUGCUUGGACA